ACGUCACCGAAAUGAGGAACCAAGCUUUGACUAAGAGGACGAAAAUGGCGGAAGAUUUGAAAAGAUCUGCAGAAGUAUGCACUCUUGAUUUGCUCGUGCUGCACGAACAUGAUGGUUUGUUUAUCAAGUACAGCGAUGGCACAUCACUUGAGCUUUCUCCUUGUGGAUCAGUGUUUCUCCAUCGUGAGGCGGCUCCAAGUAAUUCUACCAUGCGUCAGUUCACAAGAUUCGCCCUGAGCUCAUUUAGAACGAAGAUUACCGAGGCUGUUAGAUUUCGUAACCUAUUUGCGGCCCAACCAUACCUCUGCAAGGAACUUACGGAUCUACAGGAACUCAGAGUUGGCUACCAGGAAGUUACACAGUGUUGUUGGCCUGAUCACAUCACCACAGGCUUUAUUUCAAAACUGCCAGAUGGGUCAACUUGUGUCACAUCUGUAGAUGGUCUGGCAAGUGUAACUCUUUUGCCGCACAGACAAGCUUUUGUUGCACGGUUUCUUGCAGAGGUUAAAUAUUCCUUGCCUCAGAAAGCAAGAAACAAUGAGCCAGAUGCUCAAAAGCAGAAGCACUACUUCACUUGGCAAGAACAAAUUCACUCUUUGUUUUCAUAUCCUGAAGCUUGGAAGUAUCCCCUUCAACUUGCACUUGAUGCAGCAAAUGACAAAAAGACACUGAUCACUUCCUGCCAUAAUAUGACAACUUUGCCAGCCUCUCUUCCAGUGACAUGCAGUGCAGUUCAUCUUCACAAGUGGAAAUCUCAGGUACCUAAUGACUGUGACCAUGUGGAAUGGGAGUUCUUUGGAAAACCCAACAUGAAAGUCAUUUGGAAAGAUGGUGCCACAUACAAGAUUUUUCGUCAGCCAACUGGCUUCUUUACUGUUGAGAUUGAUCCUAGAGAUGGCUCUGUAAUGAGGUCACGAACACCAAGAGGACGAUAUUUUGAUCACUGGUUUGUUCGGCAAAAUGGCCUGAAGGAUCUGGAGAUUCAAGAGAGAGUUUACUCAGCUGACAAGCCACUUCCAGACAGACUGCAGCACAAGUCUGAAUAUUCAAUUGGUCGACUAGUAAAGCAGGCAGCAAGAUACAUAGAAUUCCUGAGCAAUGCUGGACUGCGAUUGGAGGAACGCUGUUGCUGGAAAGAGGUGCAGGCAAUGAAAACUACAACUCCACUGGAUGCAUGGUUUCAUGAAGCACAUAUUAUAGACACUGCUGACGUACCAGGCAUGGGAAGGUUCAAGGCUUACUCAAAUGGACACAUCAAUGCGGUGUUUAGUGACAGAACAAUCCUUGACAUAAGAAAUUCAACUGACCAUGAUAAAGAAAUAUCACUUGAGAACUGCUGGUGCCAGCUCAUUCUUCCUAAUGGUAGAGUUGUGCAGUUUAGACUGACAGAUGCAGAGUUGUGUGGUACAUAUGAACAGUACCUACAGAUAGCACUUCACUGGGCUGCUUGGGUAAAGGCCACGCCCUCACAGAGACAAACAUUUUAUAAAGACUCAAUAUGGGACCCUGAAAAAAGAGGGGCUGUUACUGCUGAAGUAGAGAAAAUAAAAAGAUUUAACUUAUUACCUCAGGAUAUUCAUAAUCAACAUGCUACAAAUUUAGUACAGAGUUCACUCAUUAAGGACACUGAAAAAUCUGCAAACAAGGAAGACCUUGAAGGUGGCAAUGUAGAUUGUGCAAACAUCCCAAAUCUUCUUGACAGAGAAACUAUGAUCAAGAAUGCUCUGGAACUGACUAAUAAAGCCAUAGAUGACAUUGACAGCUUACUAGCUACAUCUAAAUGUUCCUCUCAAAAUAUUCCUUUACAAUAAUUUUUUUUAAAAAUUAUCAGGUAA